CUACGUCAUUCGCUUCAUUCCACUGUGGACCGUAGCACACGUAGUGUCACUGCUUUUACAUUAAUUUGCUAGAAUAUAGUUAGUGAAGUUGAGAAUUUAUUGCAUUUGUUACUUUAGUCCUACCUUAAACGCCUUUCAAUCAUAAUUGUGCAUUUUAUUGUAAAACAAUGGCAGCUUUGACUAAGGGUGUCUUUAUCGUCGCUGCUAAGCGUACUGCUUUUGGUACCUUCGGAGGUGCAUUCAAGAACACCAAUGCCACACAGUUGCAAACUGUAGCUGCCAAAGCCGCUUUGGAUGCUGCCGGUUUGAGGCCGGAUCAAAUCGAUUCGGUCAACAUUGGUCAGGUGCUGGUGCUGUCGUCUUCGGAUGGUGCUUUCUUGCCCAGACACGUGUCCCUACAUUGUGGAAUACCGAUCGACCGUCCAGCGCUUGGUGUGAACCGACUGUGCGGAUCAGGCUUCCAGUCGAUCGUCAAUGGCGCUCAGGAUAUUCUGCUGGGUGCAGCCAAGGUAUCCUUGACCGGUGGAGUGGACAACAUGAGCCAGACGCCGUAUACUGUUCGAGGAGCUCGCUUUGGAAUUCCUCUUGGUACCAAUCCAGCGCUGGAGGAUGCUCUAUGGGUUGGUUUGAGUGACUCGUUCUGCAAGCUGCCGAUGGCGCUAACGGCCGAAAAUCUCGCUGAUAAACAUAAAAUUCCACGCGAGAAGGUCGACGAAUUCGCCUAUCGUUCGCAACAACUCUGGAAGAAAGCCAACGAUGAAGGUGUCUUCAAGACUGAAAUUACGCCCUUCAAGUUGAAGGUGAAGGGCAAGGAAGUAGACUUUGCCGUCGAUGAACAUCCUCGUCCACAGACUACCCUGGAGGGUUUGAAUAAAUUGUCUGCUCUGUUCAAGAAAGGUGGCGUCGUAACCGCCGGAACCGCUUCGGGUAUUUGUGACGGAGCAGCUGCAGUCGUCCUGGCUUCGGAGGAAGCCGUCAAAGAAUACAAUCUCACGCCAUUGGCACGUUUGGUAGCGUACAGCACGGUCGGUGUACCGCCGGAGAUUAUGGGAAUCGGUCCAGUUCCAGCUAUCCAGAACGUGCUGAAAGUAGCCGGACUUACGAAGGAAGACAUUGACCUGUUCGAAAUCAACGAAGCGUUCGGUGCGCAAGCUAUGGCUUGCGUGCAGGAGCUAGGACUCGAUAUCAAUAAAUUCAACCUGAAUGGUGGAGCUAUUGCGCUCGGUCAUCCUUUGGGUGCCACUGGUUCCAGAAUUACCGGCCAUCUGGUGCACGAACUGAAGCGCAAGAACCUGAAGCGAGCGAUCGGAUCGGCCUGUAUUGGCGGUGGUCAGGGUAUCGCUUUGCUGGUGGAAUCUGUUUAAGUAUGCUUUGCUAUUUUCAUCCAAUGAUUAUCAGAAAGUGUACAUUUGUUGUAAAGCUCGAGAGAUUGCCAGUGUUAAUU